AUGGACUGGCAAUACGCUUUCGAAAAAUCUAUGCCGGCAGAAAACGAUAACCUUGGAUUUCCGUACGAUUACGGUGACAUUAUGCAUUACCCCAAAGACACGUACGUUUGCAUAUAUAAUAUAUGUGAGGUCCCAGCUUAUAUCUAUGCUAUUACGGCGUACGAUGUACUAUAA